GAAGACAAACUCCGUGACGCCGGGAAGUAGCAGCUUAGCAAAAGACAGCGAAGGCAGCACAGCCAUCAGUCUUCCGGCUGAAGGACACACACACACUCACACCCACACACACACACUCACACUCACACUCAGCUACACAACAUGACCGCUUCUGCUAUCGUCCGAAGACUUGCGGCCGUGUCGGGGGCUUCUGCGGUGGCAGCCGGGGCGUACGGGGCUCACGGUUUCAAAAAUGCUGAUCCCGAUGAUUACCAGAGAGUGCUCUUUGAAACAGCCAACAAGUACCAUUUCUACCACAGCCUGGCCCUGUUGGGUGCGGCCCACUGUGGUAAACCUGCUGUGGCUGGGACUCUCCUUAUAGCCGGCAUGGGGAUGUUCUGUGGCUCCCUGUACCACCAGGCUAUGACGGGGGACCCUGGUAUGCGCAAGGUGGCUCCCAUUGGGGGCAUGGCUAUGAUCGUUGGCUGGCUGGCAAUAAUUCUCUGAAGGGAAACGGCUCACGUCACGUCUCCUCACCUCCACGGGGCCUGUCAACUGUCAAACUACUAAAGGAAGAACUGAUGAGCAUGUGAGAGUUGUCUGAGGAGUCGUGCUGAAGUGCCGAGUUAUAAUGUCACCCUUCCAACCGCUCCCUGCUUUGGGUUACGGGUGUCAGCAGGUGAUAAGGUCACAACAGGAUUAUCACUUUUAAGCCACUGCUGUCUCUUUCUGACCGCUGCCCCUUGACUGUUGAGAUAAACUGGUUAAGCUAAUGAGUGCAAUUUGUCACCUCGUCAAUAUAUUGAUGUGACCGUGAAAGAUACAGUAUUUCUUUACAGUUGUUCUGUACGUUUAUACUGCAUGCUGCGGCAAAUGCGGUAACAAUGAAGAAAGGAAUUUAAGGGAUUUAAAAUAGAAUAAAAAUAAAACAAUCUUUCCUAUA